UAUGGAAGAAUUAUCAGCAGAUGAUAUGAAAACCUUUGACAAGAUUGAACCUUUAUAUAGCAAGAAAAGGUACACAGAAAUCCUUCCCAAGAUGAUGAAACAGUUUCAAGACUUGAUUGACUCCUAACAAUAAAAUGGUAAAAUGGAACAAGACCAUCUUGCUUGGCUGGACGAAGAUUUCCUGGCCUCGGCUCUACAAGAAGAAUUUGAAAGUCAAAUAACAAUCGUCAAGUUUUCUACCAGUCAAGCCGUGACGGCAGGAAACAACUACACAAGCCAUAUGUACAGAGUUAAAGUAGAGUUCACUGUCGAAGGGUCAGAUCUUCAAGUCACUUCGCUCAUCGUCAAGAUUCCCAUCACUAAAGGAGUCAUCACAGAAGCUGUAGACGGUGCUGAAUUUUAUGAUAAGGAACCGAGAAUAUACAAAGAAGUCUUACCAAUGUUGAGCAAAAUAGUCAAUUUCGAGUUUGGUCCAAUGUUUUUUUACUGUCCGGUAAAAAACGGGAUGAUCCUGAAAGAUAUGAAUAAGGAAGGUUAUGUUAUGUGUGACAAGUUCAAGCAACUGGAUUUCUUUCAUUGUGAACUUGUUUAUUCAACUUUAGCAAAAUUCCAUGCGGCAUCUGUUGCGUGCCAUCAUAACAAUCCUGAAUUGAUCGAAGAACUCGGGAAGGAACUGAUGUUCUCAAAUAAAAACAAAAUGUUAGAAGGGUUCGUCAAAUCUUCUGCUAAGUGUUUUGAGAAAAUUCUUAGUGAGAUGAAAGAAUGUGAAGAUGCUGUAGACUUGAUACUUAACAGAACUGACCACAUGGUUGAAUCCAUUGGAGACAUGUUCCAACCGAAGCCAACCGGACUGAAUGUUCUGAACCAUGGUGACUUGUGGAUCAACAACAUGUUGUUCAAGCACUCCGAUUCUGGAGACGUGGAAGAUGUCAAGUUUAUUGAUUUUCAAAUGGUGAGGUGGGCCUCUCCAGUGCUAGACCUUGUGUACUUCUUGUGGACGAGUGCGGAUGAAGAAGUGCGAGAACACAGGCAGAAGGAACUGUUCACUCUCUACCGGCACACUCUCAACUCUAGCCUUGAACAACUGGGCUGUCCGGAGCGGCUUUCUGAGCAAGAGUUUGAGGACGAUCUUCGGGCAGCCUCCGACUAUGCCCUGCUCACCAUAAGCGGAACUCUCCCGUUCAUCUUGAGUGAAAGUAAAGAUGCUGUCAACAUGGAAGAGUUAACAUCAGAUGACUUUAAAAGUGGUGAUGUGUUUGAACACUUGUAUAACAGUAAAAGAUUCAGGGCAUUCAUUCCGAAGAUGAUGGAACAAUUCCAGAAAUGGAUUGCUUUAUAACUCUUUCAAUGCAAUUCUCAGUUGAUUUAUCAUUUGAUGAAUUAUAUGAGUAUGUUUUAAUAAGACUGUCUAUAAAACCGUCUCUACCGUAUGUGAACUUGAGUCUUGAGCACGUUAAAGUAUACAUUCUUAUGUAGUAUGUAUGCAUUCACGUCCGAUAGCAAAACUAGCUUGUAAAAAAUCUUGAAUUAAACGUAGUUGAUAUGAUAAAACAUGGUUUUGUUCAAAUUAAAAACUAUUUUAACUGUGUAUGUAAUAUUAUUAAUAAAUAUUGUUCAGUUAAUUUUAAUUAAAUCCUGUAAUAUAUCGUGCCCAUGAAGGAUAGUUUGAUAUAAGUAUGCGGCAUGAAAGUUGAAUCAAGCUCUAAAUAAAACAUUACAAUUAAUUUUGAUUUUUUUCUGAGAAAUAAUAGUCAUGGUGAAAUGUUUUCCACUAAUAAGCCAGCCCUUUGUGAAAUAUUCAACUGUAGCUCGCAAAGAGUAAAACAUGCACAUUUUUAUAUUGGUAAAAGUCCCGUGGAAGGAAAAACCCUCAACACAAAUAUUUAAUAAAUAUUUCAAAAAUACAAACUAUGGGUAAACAGAACAAACAACUGGGUAUGGGUUCUGGUUUAAAACUGGUUUAAAACAACUGGUUUAAAACAAAUCCUUACUAAGAAUUGUUUUAUUGUGGGACAGGAGUUAAAAAAUUCUUUCUAAUACUAGGUUUGGUUAGAGUAGGCCCUUAUGACAAAUGCAUGAAAAGUAAAUAUUAGUACCUCAUCUAAGGAGUUACUUUUAUAGGUUUGUCCUGUAGUUGUAUCUCAAAAGCACAUGGAAUGCAAAACCUUUUUAUUCAUAGUUUAGCUUUAUAACUGAUGAUAUUACUUACUACCAAAGCCUCUUGGAAAAAACAUAACAUUAACUAGUUCAAUAUAAAACAUAAAAUAAACAAAAAGUACUAUCGUUCCCACUCUUCUCUUAUUUAUUCACAAUUCCAUGGUAUAUAAGCUAGUGAUGUGAUUCUGUUUACUACAAUUCUAUUGCCUUUUGCAUUCUAAUGCUAAACUACCAUGUUAAUUACAAAACAUGUCCGCACACGCGUGCGUUGCAGGAGCAACACGCUUGCAACGCGUUUGCGUGCGAUUUUUAUCCACCCUGGCGAUAUUCCGACCCGUCCUCAACUGGCAGAAAGCUCAGUUUUACAAAUGGUUUCAUUCGGGAAAAUGUGAUUUUGUCAUCGGAAUCUCAUUAUUUGUGUACGCGUAGGCUAUAUUUCUUUUCAGUUAUAAUUAGAUAGUUAGUUAGAUAGGAAUAUGCCGAGUUCAAAAGUUCAACACCUGUAACGUACAUAACCUACAAAAUUUCAAUUCUGAAAUCAACACCUCUACUGACGAUAUAAUGCUGCCUAUCACCACUUUGGUUAAUGGCGGAAUCUCGUUAUGUGCGGAGUGACGGAAAAGGAACUGUCGAACACUUUGGCGGGAAAGCACAAAUCAUUUUUAAAAGUUAACGGUAAAAGUUAACGUUACGUAGUUAACCUACCGCUCACUUGUACAGGCCAAGAACGUAUCCAGGAAAAAACAUUAUGGAGGUGUCCAGACAACUGAUAUUUUUCGUAGUGGACAGAGGGUAAGGUCCCCUUAAAAUGUUCUUGGCCCGUUUCUUUGUUGAGAACGAUCUUUCAGCAGUACAUGUCAGUAAUUAUUUAAAUAAUAAUAAUAAUAAUCGUUUACUAAAAAAGUCAUGGGAAAUUUGGGGGGGGGGUCCGGACCCUUUGGACCCUCUCGCUGGCUACGUCCUUGGUACAGGCUUAGAGUCUAAAAUCUUACACGGCCAGCACUGAUGUUGUAUGAUGGUUAUAUUAUCAGAUUUAUUAUUAUAGAUAUGUAUAUAUUUAUUUAUAUAGUUAUGACAUAAUAGGCAAUUAGUCACUAAAUAGAUUUUUGGCUAAAACAUGCAACUUCAAACCUUGAAUAGAGCUCAAAGGUUACAGGUUAUAUGCGUACUGAAAGAGUCGAAGUUGUGGACAGUUGCGUCAGCGACCGAUACGCGCCAGACAAUGGUGACCUGCACGUGACCCGUGAGAGCGCGCUACGUCACAAUCUUGCAGCUCGCGCCGCCGUCAAGUGCCACAGGUUCAAUGUCCGCGAGUGUUGGCGUAAACAUUUUUUUAAAUCUUUCCAGUUGAUUUCCAUUUUUACGUAUCGUCUCCCAAGUGACGUAUUCAAUUUUUUGCUUUCAGUUUCAUUGAAUACAAAGUGCUCUUUGAAUAGGUUGAAUAUUUUUACUAUCAGUAAUUUUCAAACAUAUCUUUCAACUUGUGCUCCUUCUUUCUGACUGUUGAUUUAUUGUAAAAAUAUAGCAGCAUGAUUUUCUUACAUAAUUGGAACUAUCCAGCCUAAUAUGAGCACAAAUUCAACUCCAUACAGCUUCAUCCAUAUUUUGUAAAAUGUAAUCAUUAUUGUAUAUUGAAAAAUAAAAAUAUUUUUAUAGCA